CACGGACCUGCGGACGUAUUGUCCAAUCAGGUCUCUUGAACUGAGGAGCGUGUAUUAGAUGCGACGAUAUGUCACACGUAUUGAGUCCACUGAGAACUCAUCAGCUGUCUGAAGAAGUGUGCGUAGUCUGAAGAGGCAGAAUGGGUAGAAGUUAUUUUGUAGAUGAAGCUGUGGAGGAAUAUCUAAGUGGGCUUCAGGCACCUCCUGGAUCAUGUGUGACCGGACUCCUGGCUGGUCAAUCCUCUCCUCAGAGAGAUUUUGUGGUGCUGGCUGUGCAGACUCCUCACAGGGAGAGUGAGGGGCAGCCGAAGGCUUCGAAAGGGGUCGGCCAACUGGAUGACAUUGAUGUGGAGUGGGUCACAGAACAUGCCAAGCAGGUGUCCCGCAUGUUACCAGGAGGUCUUAGUGUUCUUGGCCUGUUUUUAUUGACCCCACCUGAACUCUCCAAAGAUGCCCAAAAUGCAUUAAAAAGGCUUAUAUUUGCCAUGGAGAAAUACAUAAUUAAGGGGAGAUUGUGGGAACUGUCAGAGGAGGAUGUGACUGAUCGAGUAACCCUGCAUAUCUGCUCCAAAACAAAGAAACUCGUCUGCAAAACAUUUGAUGUAAAAGAUCCAAAGAGUUCGGCCAAACCAGCAGACUGGAAGUAUCAGACUGGUAUCUCAUCGUCCUGGCCCAUGCUGACCUGCUCUGUUGAGGUAGAUCUGCAGAUCCCUGUGACAGGAUCUUCUACUGAUAACACAAACAAGUGCAUGAAGGAUGGUCUCAGGAGGUGGGCUAAACAGAUCGAGGCUGCUUACUGUCUCGUAAAUGGCAGGCAGGCAUUAGAUGACUCUGAACUCAUAUCAGGACAGAAGAAGAACCCCAAAACAACCAAUCGUCAGACACUGCCAACACGGAUCUUUGUCUCAGACGAACAGUCAGAGUUGGAUGAGCGGAGCACUGCUCUGGUUCAGGUGUGCAGUGGCUCCAUGAGGGUUCGAGGGGUGGUUCACUGCAGGGCCUACAUCCACAACAACAAACCCAAAGUCAGACAUGCAGCACAGGCCAUUAAGAGAGACCUCAUAAACACGGUUUGCUCCAGAGUGGAGAUGUUUCUGGAAGAUCUUUUAAUAAAUGAAGGGAGUCAGAAAGGUUUGUGCAGUGGGCAGCAGGCCCUUCCUCGACGUGUGUUUGCACCGAUGCCCAUCUCUGGCCUGUCUGUGUGUGACUACAUGUUCCCAGACGAAAGUACGUCUGAUGUGGCCGAGCGUCUGAAAGAGAUGCUGGACUGCGAAACACCAGAAGAGGACAUCGAUACUAGUUUGGAGAGCAUAUUUUCCGCUAUUUCUGGAUCUGAGAUAACGGACAGCCAUGAUGAUGAUUCCAGUAAGCAUGUCAUCUCAGAAAUCCAAGCUGAAAAUCCCAAAAUUCAGAAAGCCCCUCAAUAUUUUGCGGGUGUGGCCAUAGCAGCAGCCAUUGCUCUCCUUGCCACAGCCACAUCUCUUCUGUAUUUCAGUUAAUGGAAAAAGCAAAAACUUUUGUAUGAGUGAUUGUGUAACUAUGCCUAAGUGAGUGUGUAUGUUUGUAUAAUUAUACUCUGUGAUGUUAAAUAUGAUUUAAAUAUAAUUGUAAAAUAUAUAUAAUAAGUUGAACUAUUAUAGAAAUAUAUAAAAUACAAUAUAAGGCAAAAGUAUAUGGAGACUCCUUGGCUAUUUGGGUCAAGCCAAAUCUUAAUGUUACACAAUACAAAUACAAUCUAGAUGAAUUAUGUCCCCAACAUUCACUGAUGGUUUCAUUUUCUCCUGAAAUUAAAUGUUCAUUAAGAUGUAAUGUUUAUGGCUUUCCUCAGUAUAUUGUCACUGUGCCAUUUGUCAUGUAAUUAUCAAACCAGUUUCCUCUGGCUUCUGUAACAGCGCAGCAUUAAAGGCAUAAAGGAACUGUUCUAUUAAGUUUAACUGAAUGGAAAAUGCCCUUGGCAUGAAAUAUAAUCACUGGAAACAAUUUUUGUGAUAAUUUUUGUGAUGUAAUGGGUAAUGAUUCUCCUUCCUUCUAAAUUAGGGGACUUGAUUAUUUUUCAGAUCUUGGACCAGCUGUUGAUACAUACUUUAUGAUUUCUACAUUGCAAAGCCAUUAAAACUGAUCACAUUUGAAUGUGAUUGGGCACUGAAACAUUUAGAGGAACUUGUUGGACCCCCUUUUAAAUCAUCAUGUUGCAUCAUUAACAAAGUCAUUUCGUUUUUUGUUUAAGCAGUGAUUUAGUUUAGGACGUGUCAGGACAUGUUUUACCUGGAAUGGUAUUUGUAGCACAAAGCCAGUCAUGAAGACAUAAGGGAACAAGGAAUGUCUUUGGACUUUCUUGUGUUUUAUUGAAGUAAGUCACCCUGUCAUUUAGUGCAGCAUUUCACCAAAUUAAAUCACAUUAUUUCAUAUUUUUUAUUCAUUAAGCAGAUAGCGGCUCAAUACACAGAGGAUGACCAGUACAGUUUGACAGUUUCACUUUCAUGUGGCAAGCCUAAGCAUGCUUAAAUAAGAGGGCUACUCUCAUUCUCUGCAAAUGAGAGUUCCCAUAAUCACAGAAAACCAGGCAAUUGUAUAAGAUUUUAAAAUUCUGUUUUCUAUAUCUGAAAAAUGUCAGCAGAAAAAAUUCAAUUUCUGUAAUGAAUGUACACUACUUUUUAAAAGUUUGAGGUCAGUAUGUUCUGAAAGACAUUUCUUUUGAUCAAAAAUACAGCAAAACGGUCGUAUUAAGUGAAUAACAAAUUAAAGUAGCUUUUAUUUAAA